UCUCCCUUCUCUUGACGGGCUUUCGUCGAUUUCUCUUCUCGAUCUUAUAUGCCUCUCGAUUAUGUUGUUUAGCUGUUCAUGGGUCUAAGCAGAACCUGUCGUUUGUCGUCGUUUUCGUGUUUUUGUGCGAAAGAUUACUUUGAACCGGGGGAUUGCGAUCGAAAUGAUCUGUCUUUGCCCCGGCCACUACUAAUGAAUCGAAUGUUGAAUUGUUGUUUCUCCCUGGCGAUGAGUGUCGACUCUUCAGCUGUUGUGAUAGAAAGCGAUGCCGAAGGAAAGACGAGUGUUGGCCGUGUCAAGCAGCAGGCCCAGGCUAUCCCCUUAUCCACUUCGGUCUUCUAGGAACGACAGCAAGAAGCAAAAAGGACCCGAGUCUCCGCUCCAGUCAGAAGGUUCCGAACAAUGGGAGGACGUUAGCUGUGUGAUCUGCAUGGAACCACCGCACAAUGCAGUCCUCUUGCAUUGCUCAUCCUUCUCCAAUGGCUGCCGUCCUUACAUGUGUGACACCACCGCCCGCCACUCUAAUUGUUUUAAGCAAUACCGUCGGAGCAAUGCCAAGUCCCUCAACUGUCCUCUAUGCAGAGGAGAGGUCUAUGGAACGAUGAAGGUGACUAGUGCACGCAGGUUCAUGAAUGCUAAACCGAGGAGCUGUUCUAUAGAAGAAUGUGAUUUCUCCGGGACAUAUUCACAGUUGAAAAAUCAUUUGAAAACCGAGCAUCUGGGUUUUAAGACGCCCAAAGUGGAUCCAUGGAAGCAACUGAUGGAGGCAGAGACUGAUUACUUCUACUUUCUGAGGGCAGUUGAGAUUCAAAGGCAGAGAUGGAUGGCGGAGGCAAGCGCCCUGCGUUGGUUACCGUACAGUCAUUCUGUGUUUCAAAUGAGUUUUGGUGGUUUCAUGGAGGAUCCAUAUGGUUCAAGUGUAGUAGGGACUGUCUCAACAGCCCAUUCAGAAGCUGCUCCGGCUUUAUGCCGUGGCUCCAAUGCACCGCCAAAUUGAUUAAAUCGAUCAUAAGUUUUGAUCUUUUUGUAGUUCUUUUCUCAGUUUGAUCCUAAAAAUGUAAGCUUUUUGCCUGAAUCCAAAUCCGUAAGCUUUUGUCUGAAUC